AUGGAAGAGCUCGAAACAAAGUGCGCACUACCAGAAAACCAUAAGAACUUUCAAACCCCUCCCCUUCCUGCUCAAAACAUCACUCUCUAUGUCGGAACAAUGUGCUCUCUUCCCGAAAAUUGUAUGGAUGCACAUGUAGUUUCAAAGAUCACGGUUCAUUCGGAUUGGGAUCCAUGCAAUUUUUCUCACGAUUUGGCCAUAGUAGAAGUAAAGAAUGAUUUGCCACCUUCCCGUUCAUCACCUGUUUGCAUGCCGGAAAGGAACCUGAAGCUAGCAAAACUUCUAUUAUCAGCUGGUUCAGGAAUGGACCCCAAUAUCACCAAUGAUCCGUACGCCCGCGGACUGCAGGUGGUAAAACUCCCACUCAAAUCAGAAGAUGACGAUUACACUAUAACCACCGGCGCCGGGACAGCAGCAGUAUGCGGGGGUGACAGCGGAGGCCCACUUUUCCAAUAUAACGACCGAUUACAAUUCACAGCAGUUGGCGUAGUUUCAGGCGGAGUGGCAGAAUGCACAGAAGAAGAUUUUGAUGGGGAGAACUUCUUUACGGAUGUACGCAAACAUUUGAACUGGAUUUGCUUACACACAGGCAUAUGUCCAUUGGAGGAUAUACAGGCUGAUGGCAAACAGGGCUUAACGUCAAGAUAUAGGAAUACCAACCGAAAUCCUGGAACAAAUUGGGCAUGGGAUGGGAUCGGCAAUCAGCGAAUGUGGUCAAUUAAGGGAAUGAACAAACGAAUGCACGCGAUGCAUGGGGUGAAUAAUAAGCAGAUAUGGCUAGGCAGCGUGAAAGCUAACGCGAAUGAAACGGUGAUGAGAAGGAACAACAAGCAACUGUGGUCAACUGAUAGAAACAUCAAUAUAAACCGUAGAAAUGCGAUGUACGCAAUGGAGCGUCAACGAACAUGGCCAAGCAGCAGAAACUGGGCAGCAACAUUGAUGUCCACAAUGAGGAAUCAGCAGUCGCGAGACACCAGUAACAUCAACGUGAAUGAAGCGAAUGUGAUGGGGAUGAGCAAGAAGCAACAAUGGCCAUACGCGAACACUCAUAAUCCAAGAAUAGAUGCGGUGUACCAUGCACGUACGACGAUUCCUGGAUUAAGGAAACAACAAAAGUGGUCAAGUAAAGAGAAUUUUGAUAUCAAACCGGGAACAAAUGUGAUGUACGAAUUGAACAAUCAACAAAUGUGGCCUACUAAAGGAGGGAUAAGCACCAAUCGCGGCACAAGCAUGGAGCGUUUAGCAUGGUAA